AGUCAAGAAUACGUGAUGAAAAGAUAUGAGUGGAGCUGUCCCAUGUGUUUCUUUUCUGGAUCUGAAUUGCCGUUUAUAAAUAUUCUUAGGAAAUUCGUCUUCGUUUGCGUGGUAUCUUACGUUUUUGCAUUUCAAGAGCGUCCAUGGUUCGAAAAGGACUAUGAAACCGUUGCUGGUGAAGAAGGAGCGUCUUUAGAGAUUCUGUGUUCAGCUAAUGGUAGACCGCCUAUAGCGCAUACAUGGUAUGAUAAGAACGAUUUAGAAGUUUCAUCUAUGGGAUUCAACAGAAUUUUCACCGCCCUUCAUCCUAAAGGAACACUUUUAGUCUUCAAGGAGACAAGACGAAAUGACAGCGGUGAAUACAGAUGUUCUGCUUCCAAUAUUCAUGGCAUGGUUAGCAAAGUAUUCCAGCUCUAUAUUGUGCCUAAAUCUGGUAGAAAACUGAAAAAUUUGCAAGCUAAAAGAAAACUGCCACGCAGUGCACAAAAUACAAGUAUCUUCUUCCAUUACAUCACUGUGUAAUUUUUUAUGUUUGGCGCUAUAAACUUCAACUAAGAGUUCGUACUUCAACCUGAUCUGUUAAAAGUUUUAUUCUUCUAAUGAAAAAAUAAAUUGUAUAAGACAGAAUAUUUUCGUGAAAAUUCCGAUAAAUAAAUAAAUAUGAAAAUUUUCAAGAAAA